CCGCCGCCAUGGGGAAGCGACAGCACCAGAAGGACAAGAUGUACAUUACCUGUGCUGAAUACACUCACUUCUAUGGUGGCAAGAAGCCAGAUAUCCCCAAAACAAAUUUCCGUCGGUUACCUUUCGAUCACUGCAGUCUCUCUCUGCAGCCUUUCAUCUAUCCUGUGUGCACUCCCGAAGGCAUCGUGUUUGACCUGCUAAGCAUCCUCCCUUGGCUUAAGAAGUACGGGACCAACCCCAGCAACGGAGAGAAACUAGACAGGAAGUCCCUGAUUGAGCUAAAAUUUGCAAAGAACAAUGAAGGGAAAUACCACUGCCCAGUGCUUUUCACUGUCUUCACCAACAACACCCACAUUGUGGCCAUCCAAACAACUGGCAACGUUUAUGCCUAUGAGGCAGUGGAACAGUUGAAUAUUAAGGCCAAGAACUUCCGGGACUUACUGACUGAUGAGCCCUUCUCCCGGCAAGACAUUAUUACCCUCCAGGAUCCCACCAAUUUGGACAAGUUUAACGUCUGUAACUUCUUCCAUGUAAAGAACAAUGUGAAAAUGACAGACCCAGAUGAGGAAAAGGCCAAGCAGGACCCGUCCUACUAUCUGAAAAACACUAACACAGAGACACGUGAGACCCUGCAGGAGCUCUACAAAGAGUUCAAAGGGGACGAGGUGCUUGCGGCGACCAUGAAGACCCCUGAGAAGAAGAAAGUGGACAAGCUGAAUGCUGCCCACUACUCCACUGGGAAGGUCAGUGCCUCCUUCACCUCCACUGCCAUGGCUCCUGAGACUACGCAUGAAGCAGCUGCCAUUGAUGAAGACGUUCUGCGCUACCAGUUUGUGAAGAAGAAGGGCUAUGUGCGGCUCCACACCAACCGGGGCUGCCUCAACCUAGAGCUUCACUGCGACCUGACGCCGAAGACCUGUGAGAACUUUAUCCGUCUCUGCAAGAAGAACUACUAUGAUGGCACCAUCUUCCAUAGGUCCAUCAGGAACUUUGUGAUCCAAGGGGGCGACCCCACUGGCACUGGUAUGGGUGGUGAGUCAUUCUGGGGAAAGCCAUUCAAAGACGAGUUCCGGUCCAACCUCUCGCACACGGGCCGGGGUGUCCUUAGCAUGGCCAAUUCGGGACCCAACAGCAACAAGUCUCAAUUCUUCAUCACUUUCCGCUCCUGUGCCUACCUGGACAAGAAGCAUACCAUCUUUGGGCGGGUUGUUGGGGGAUUUGACACAUUGACAGCCAUGGAGAAUGUGGAGAGUGACCCCAAAACUGACCGCCCUAAGGAAGAGAUCCAAAUCGAGUCCACCACUGUGUUUGUGGACCCCUAUGAAGAGGCUGAUGCUCAGAUUGCUGAGGAGAGGAAGAAGACACAGCUGAGAGUAGCAGCUCCAGAGACCAUGAAGACAACCACGCCCCAGUUGGGGAGCCCAGGACCCCAAGCAUACCGCCAGGGGGUGGGCAAGUACAUUAGCCCCGAAGCCACGAAACGGGCAGCGCAGGAUGAGCUAUCCACCAGCACAGCCACCCCGGCAGCCAAGAAGAGGCCCAGCAGUGGCUUUGGGGACUUCAGCUCAUGGUAG